CCCGUUGUGUACAACACGCAAGGCUCUAUUUAACAAUGGACGGCAGGAACUUCACGCGCUGUCUUUUAAAAGGACACAUGUAGGCAUAAAGUUACCUAAAGCUGGAGGGUAAUUUGUAUUUAUUGUGCUUGAAUGUCAAAAGAAUAGUGGAAGGGCCUCCUGUACCCACGCUGCGUGUCCAAUGGAGCUGGAGAGCCAGUGGUGGAGAGGACAGCUCGCCGGAGACAUUUACCACGCUCUUCGAUACAAAGAACUGAAGCUGCCAGCCUACAAAGGGCAGUCCCCGCAGCUCAGCUUCAGGCGCUACUUCGCAGACCUCAUAGCCAUUGUGAGCAACCGCUUCAGGCUCUGCCCGACUGCCAGGCACCUCGCUGUCUACCUGCUGGACCUCUUUAUGGACCGCUAUGAUGUCUCUGUGCAGCAGCUACAUGUCGUUGCGCUUUCCUGCUUGCUUUUAGCAAGCAAGUUUGAGGAGCGGGAAGACCGUGUGCCCAAGUUGGAAACUCUCAAUUGUCUAGGCUGCAUGACCUCCAUGAACUUGGUUCUAACCAAGCAGAGCCUUCUCCACAUGGAGCUCCUUCUGCUGGAGACCUUCCAGUGGAACCUGUACCUCCCCACAGCUGCCCACUUCAUCGAGUAUUACUUGUCCAUCGCCGUCCACGAAACGGACCUGCACGACGGCUGGCCCGUGUCAAACGUGGAGAAGAUUGGACAGUACAUGGCAAAGUAUGCCGACUAUUUCCUGGAGGUUUCUCUCCAAGACCAUGAGUUUCUGAAUUUUGCUCCAUCCCUGGUGGCCGCUGCGUGUGUUGCCGCCUCGCGCGUUGUCCUGCGGUUGUCCCCAGCCUGGCCCUGCAGGCUGCAGCAUCUUACUGCCUACCACUGGGAGCACUUGACAGCCUGUGUGGAGCGGCUCCUUAUCGCUCAUGAUGAAGAUGUGAAGGAGGCCAACAAGCAGAAGUGUCAGCAACAGCAAAAACAGCAAGUUGCCCCCACGGUGUUCCAUGGCUCAGGCGCAGUGUCGACUGUGCCCCAGUACUUGCAUCGGCCCGCGCUGCAAUUCCCCCAGCAGAACUGCCUGUCCCUCCAGCCCUCCUCCCAUGGGGCCACCUCAUACAUGUCCCACGCAAGCAUCCAUGCUGGCGCCCAGCCACACGGGCAUCUGCAGCCUAUGCCUGCCUCCCUGGAUACCAAAGUCAACAUAGCCUUCAACAGGGCCUACCAGGUUAAUGGACACUAUACUAGUGCAGCCCCUUGCUUUGACAGGUGAUGCAGACCUGUUUGAGCAGAAAAUUGAGUGGAAGGUGAGGAGCUAGAUGUAAUGGGUAAAGGUUUGUUUGUUUGUUUGUUUGUUUGUUUGUUUGUUUGUUUGUUUGUUUGUUUG